CUGAAAGACACAAAAUUCAGAUUCAAGUCGAAGAGGGAGAAAAUGUAGGGCUUUUCCCCUUCCUCUUCUUCUUCUACUCUCUCUUUCUUUUGUCUGCCUCUCUGUGUCUUUCUCUGUGCCAGCGCCGUUUCGAAUGUUCUCACGCGUUUUCUAAGCGCCUCCUGUGUUUGUCCUUGUGCAAUUCUGAGCCCUGAUUUUUCUGUUCUGAGCCCUGGUAUUUCUCUUCUGAUUCUCGGCCUCUACGCGUCUACUUUUGUUGAAGCUGUGUGCCUCUCUUGUUUCUGCUGUCUCACCGGUGUCCUCGUCAUCGAAAAAGUCGUUUUCUCGGCAAACUCUCCAUUCUCUUGAGUUGAUCCUCGGGUUUCUGUCCCACCCUCCAUCACCAUGGCGGAUGCACCGAUGUACGAUCCAAGCAAACUAUCUGAAUAUCCCGUCCCUGUUCCGCAUGUCAACUAUUCUGCUCCCGGAGUUGUGGUUUCCCUACCUCCUGACGUUGACAUCUCUGUUGUCAUCGUUGGCAAAAAGCGUCCACGCGAGGAGUCGGACUCGAAUGAUGCGGCAGAGCCUGAUUCGAAGCGCCCUGCGAUUUCUCUGGGGCUGGGUGAUGCGAACUCCCAAGACAUUGACAUGAGUGCGAUUAACAUCUGUCUUUCUCCCCCCGGAAAUUUCUGUUCGACUUCUCCAGGCAAAUUCCACGUGGUUGACCCCCCCUCGCCGGAUGAAUGGCGCCCGGAUGAUGACCACAUCUGGAGGGCUUUGCAUUGGUCGACUGUAGAAGAUCAUAUCAAGGAUUCCCUCCGUAAAGAGACAGGAGGAUCAUAUUGGUAUCGAAUGUCAUCAUCUGACCAACAGGGAUCUAAUGAGAAGCUCAUCCAAGAUAUCAGACUUGAUCCUCGCACUACAUUUUUUCACAUUCGUGAGAUGAUAAAUGCGAGGAACAGGAGUUCUUACGGUUCGAAGGAAGUUGUGCUGUUUGCACGAGUCGUUCACACUGGCUGUGGCGGUUUCGAUCACAAGAGCUUCCAAUGUUUCAAGUUGGAAGAUUUAUUUGGCGGGAAACCCCAUAUCAGCGGCAUUAUGAUGUUCAAGGAUAAGGAAAGUCCCAUCUACUGCGAAUCCAGCCCCUUCCUCGCGGCGCCAAAGACCGAAGACAAAUGCUACUGCCUAUGCGAACUCGUAGAGGACGAAAAUGCGUUGCUUCGCCGGUCUCUCUACAUUUACGAUAUUCAGCCUGUCUCAUGGGAGACCAUUCGGAGCGUCCACGCCAAUUUGGGCAAACAGGGUUUAGAAUGAUUUGGUACGACAUUAAGCAGACGGUCAAUGGAUGACAAUAUAGUGGAGACUUUAUACCUUGGGUUGCCGAGUUGCAGCUAGAUUUCAAUGUCUAUUCUUCUCAAAGACUAUCGGUGUUCUAUUCAUCAUGUUACGAUUUUCUAUGUGGUGCCUUCUAAAACAACACUUUCUAUAGUGUAAUACCAGGCUUCCAUUAAUCUCUUACCCAGUCCCUUUCUUUUAUCAAAAAUUACUCUCUCGCUCCGAGGUUUCUGUCUGUCAUAUUGGAUGACUGUACCUUG